AUGGAUAAUAAGAUUUUAAAUUUAAUCAUUGGUUCAAUCUUAUUGAUAUUUUUGGUUGUUGAUUCACAAGCUCUCUCAUUAGAUUGUGUGACUGGUGGUAAUGAACUGUUUGAAUUUUGUGAAUGGGGAGAUACAAUAAGUCAUUUUAGCCUAAGUCACUUGGCUAAAAUCCCAGGGUUCAAAUUAUCAAGUGGUUUUUUGAAUGGUUUGGUUGAAGAUCCAACACCAAUCGAUCAAUCUGGAACUAUAUGUUAUAAACAAACCAACUCCACUGUAUACAUUGACUCUUUUGUUAGAUCGGCCAUUUACUCUACGCAAAAUAAUUCAAACCUAUACAAUGGUCCAACCGAGCCAAAAUCUUUACUUGAAACGGCAACCACCAAAUACAUUGAAUAUAUUGCCAUGUAUCUAUGCUCUUCAACUUUUAGAGUGUAUUCAAACUAUCCAAAUUUAGAAGAUGCAUGUGGAAUGAUAUGUCCAACUUUGUUCAAAGUAUGCAAUACUACAAUAUUGCCACUUUCAUAUACCUAUAGUGAAGGAGACACACCAUUCCAAAUGUUUCCAGUGAAUCUUGAGCAAUGUUAUGCCAAUUUGUCCAAAAACGCCACUAACAAUAAUUGCACAAUAUCAAACAUGUUCCAUAGAAUAACUGAUUUUAAUUAUGAUCCAACUACAUCAUCAACAUCAACACCAUCAAGUGCAAACAGUCAAUCAAGAAUAACAUCACUUUUAUUCUUUUUUGUUUCAUCUAUCAUUGUGAUUAUGUUAAUAUUUCUGGCAAGAAUGAAAUUUCUAUUACUUCAUUUUUUUUUCUAUGAUUCUCAAGUUUUAGAGUCUGUUGGUUUGAUCUUUUGUUUAAUGAUUAAUAGUAAUAAUAAUAAUGCAAAGGACCAACAACAAAGAGAGAUAAAUGAUGAAACACCAUUAUUACAUCAACUACAACAUCCUCCAUCUUCUUCUUAUUCUACUACCUCUACUUCUUCAACUUCAACAACCAAUACUCCUCAAACCCAUCAACAACUAGACCAAGCAUCAGAUCAAAUACCUAACAAACUACAUACAAGUUUUGAACAAAUAGCAGUACUAAAUAAUAGUAUUAAUGGUUUAAACAAUAACAAUAGCAAUAGCAAUCAGAAUGGAUCAUUAAAGUUUACAAGUGUAAUACAUUCUGAUACGACUGGUGGAGAAGAUAGUGAAGACUAUUUAGUUCGAUCACAUCUAUCAACAAAUAGCUACUAUGAUAGUGGAGAUGAAGAGACUGGAGGAAGUGGUAGUGGAGGUACAACUAAUAAUAAUAAUAAUAAUAACAAUAAUAACAAUAAUAAUAAUACAAGAGACAAUGGUAAAAGGUUACUUAAAAACUACCUAGUUGCAGGUGGUCAACAUGCAAUGUCUAGGUUAUCACCUUUACGUAACCCAUCUGAAGAGGUUAGUAAACCAAGUCUACCAUUUACAUUUCACCGUGCGGCCAGCGUCGUCUUGUUGGUCGUUGUCUUUCUCAUAUUGGUCACGUGCUAUUAUAUAGAGUACAGGUUUGUCGAUCAGUCUCCAUCGGCAUUCUACUUGUUCUUGGUGACUCGACCACUCCCAUUGGUACCGUUGCUCCUCAUCAUCCCAUUGUACGGUAUCAACAAUAGCAAAACGAUUCGAUACUCUAUCUUUAUCGCACUGGCAUUGGUUUCAAACAUCAUAAGCGAUUGUAUAUAUUCCAUAGAUCUCAGUCUCACCUCACACGACUCGACAUCCGAGGUACCGUCGUCGCAGGCUGUCUACUACCUCUCCUUCUCCUUUCUCCUCUUAUCGCGUCUUUUUUAUACGAUGGCAUUCAUCAUUGGCAUUGGAAAGUCUCUCAAGAUUCGAUUGUUCCAUGCUAUCCCCUUUUAUGCCUACGCCGCCACUCUUGUCCUCAUGAUAUUCUUUUCCUCUACCAUCGCUCCCAUUAUUGUACCACCAACUUUUCAAUCAACUUUUAAUCCAACUUCAAAAAUCUCUUUUAACAACAGCAGCAGUAGUAGUAGUGGUAGUAAUGGUAUUAAUGGUAUUAGUAGUAGUAGUAGUAGUAGUAGUUUUUAUAAUAAUAAUAAUAAUCAAUUUUUACCAGCAUUCUCUACAUUGUUGGGUAAUUUUAAAAUCGAUCAACAAGUAUUGGCAUUGGCAGCCGAAACAACAACAAAUAACAAUAAUGAUGAUGAAGAUUACUAUUCUUUAGUUUCAUCAACCUCUUCCUCUUUAUCAUCUUCAGAAGAAUCAUCAGAUGAUGAUGGAGAUAAUCAAGUAAACGAUGCAAAUGGUGGAAGUUAUUCAUAUAUUCAAACAAGUUCAGAUUCUACCAUCCCACAAAUUCUAUCAUUGGAUGCACCUCAUUUCUCUUUAAUUGUACUUUAUAGUAUAAUUGAAGCUACUAUUUUAUGGAGAGCAUUGGCAUUAACAUCAACAUUCCCAGGAACCAAUCCAACAAGAAUGUUAUUACCAUUUUGUGUACUUGGAAGUACAUUUUUCGGAGUGACCGAUACAUUGGUUGUUAUACACAACUAUUACUAUCCGCUUGAAGGUAUAUUUUAUUAUAGUACCGGUGGUAUAUGGAUAGCACACGCCUUGAUUGUCUUUUCGAUUCCUCGUCGUAUGGAAGUUCGUGACUACAUCUACAAAUAUAUUAAUCCAUUCAGUCGAUCCAAAGUCGAAAAGGCUGAUCUCUCCACUUCACUAUCUUCAUCACCAUACUUUUCAAUCUCUCAUCGAAAUACCUAA